CCCAGCUUGCAUACAUUCUUCGGGUAUAGCUCUCGUUUUAUAUAAAUAUGAAAGGUGCCGAUGCAUACGUCGUAUUUUUAUGAUCACGAAACGCUUCAUUGUUACUCAACAAAAUCAUGAAAAUUCUGUUAUACUUGUAUUCGGCAAUGCCACAGUUGGCGUUGUGACGAUUGCAAUAUCCCGUUGUUUUCCUUGUUAUAUUCCGAUAUAUUUAGCUAUCUUUUGUUAUAAAGUAUGUUGAGUUGAUAAAAGUACAGAGCAAUUGACACAAAAAUGUUAAUGCCUUCAUUUCAGUCAUUUUUAGUUAUAAAUGGUCAAAAUAUUAAGAAAACAAUUACCUGGCAGCAUAUACUCCAAGAAGAUAGACCAGUGUUCGAGAUUAGAUUUAGUCGACACAAUAAGAAUUCAUGUAUGAGAUGUUUUAAAACAGAACUAUGAAUCACGAUAGCUUGAGCAGUAUCGAGACGAUAACAACAGACAGUGAAGAAUUUGUCUCUGUUUCAUCUCAUGUCGUUCCUGCUAUUCCAUCAAAUGACAAUGACGAACAGGUGAACGAAUCAGCUCCUGGUGACGGUUUUUUUAAAUCGAUUAUGUUCAUUGGAAUUGAGCAUUGCGACGCUAUACGUAAGGCAUUUCAUGGCUCGUUUUGUUUAAAGAUUAAAGGCUUUUUAAUGUGCAUUUUAUUACCAUUUUCUAUCAUUUUAACACCAUUUAGACGUACGUGUAGUCAGAAACGCAAGGUGACACAAAUUGCCAUAGUGUACUUCUAUGUAUUCAUGACAUGCUCGAUUGUUUUAAAUUUGUGGGUCCAAUUGGAGCCGCAUAAUAAUGCGAAGGAAAAAGAAUCCUCGUAUCGUGCUUUGCAGUACUUUGAAGCUGCUAUGAUGGGUCUAACAUUGAUUCCCAUUAUUUGCAUCGCAUUCGAGACGCACGGACGUGUAGAAUGGAAGACUUACGACAAAGUCCUUGUAUUCUAUUUUCAAAUGGGUCUGUACAUUUUUGGCAUGUCUAGCUCGGUUUACUCAUUUUUAAAGAUGUGCAAUGCUUGGAGUUGCGGAAAAGACCUUUCGGUCUUGGUUUAUGCAUGCAAGUUUGUCUUCAUUCUCAGCCAAAUUAUGUUCCUGAAAUAUUUCUACCAAGCCAAAUUGCCAUCUCGUGACUGGAAGCUUCAGUUAAGUCUUGCACAUAUCAUGGUCACGAACCUGAGUUUGUGGAUUUGGGUUGUUUGUAAAGAAGUGUACGAUCCGUUUGAUGACACAAAGCCGAUGGAUUGCCAGGCAAUUCAUUUGUCUCAUACUGAAAAAUAUUUCUAUCCAUUAUUCAUUGAGUAUCUCCUCAUAGUUGCUGGAAUGGUGUAUGAACUGUGGUCAGAUAUGAAAAUGCCUUACCAGACACAACGAGGUGCGAUACGUCUUCAUCACACCGAAGAGAAUCACGAUAGAGAAUUCGAGUCGAACUCAAAUCUUUCUCUUAGAACGAUAUUGCCGCGAGAUAUCAGAAGGGAUUGGUGUCUUGCUGUUACUCUUUUUUUUGCUGCCAUUCUCUGUUGCACAUUUAUAUCUCUCUUGUUGGCCUCUGCAGAUUCCGCUCACCAUGACAAGAAGUGGUAUCUCUAUUUCAUAUAUGCUAACAUUGUUUUCUACAUCUCCCAAAUUGCUGCUUGCUAUGUUAUCAAGGUUUGCAGUCAAUCGCAACCCUUUAACAGCAAGCGUACAAAACUCAACAUUGACGACAGUCUUCUUUACUUUGGUUUGGCUGGCAUCGUUCUUUGGAAUGCAUUUCAUUUUUACUAUUUAGUUGUUCAUGCAGACAAAGAUAGUAAAGCAAUCGAAUUGUUUAAUAAUUUACUCGGAAUUCUUGAAGAUUUUGCACAGACAGUUAUUCUGGAUGGAUUUCCACCUCAGGGUAAAGACGGAACGGUGAACGGUUACUGUAACGAUAUGCAUCAAAGAAAUUUUCCGUUUAUCAAUUUUCUUGUGCUGUGGCAUACAUUUUAA